CAUCAGUCAGUCAACGAAGUCAUUUCCGCUGGCAGCGCUGCUCAGCCAACGCCGGCGUUCCGUUCCGUUCCGUGACAGUUCAGUUUUUGGAGUUGUGCCGCCAGAUAUCGGGGCACGCGACACAGAACGCUACCAGCUGUCCUGACGCAAGGACACACAUUCUAGCACCGCACGACAACGACUACCACUACGACCACGAGCAGGAGCACUAGCACUAGCACGAGCACGAGCAGGAGCACCACUAGCCACCAGCCAAGGGAACCACGUGCAACCGCAUCCUCUACUCAAUCCCCCAAGGAGCCGAAAGGUAAUAGCCCCACUGCUCCAAAUGGCUGCCCUUAGCUUCAGCCCCUCACCGCCGCCGCAGACAGCAGCCAAGUCCACUGCCGCCAGCUCGUCCGCCUCCAAGGAAAAUAGCAUCCAGCCACUGGGGUCCAGCAAGCCAUUCGGCAAGAUCACCGUCCAUAAUGUGCUCAGCGAGAGCGGGGCCAAUGCCCUGCAGCAGCACAUUGCCAACCAGAACACGAUCAUCCGCAAGAUCCGCGACUUUGGAAUGCUUGGAGCGGUCCAGAGUGCCGCCGUCUCCGCCACAACCAACUCGGGAACCUUGGGCCAACGCAAGCGGCCUCUGGGGGAGUCCAAACAGAACUCUCAGAACUCCCAGAACAGUCUGAAUAGUCUGAUCACACCGAGCAAACCUCCGGCAGCGACGACGGGCAAUGCCAAGCGCAGCAAGCUGAGCAAGAAGAGCCAGGAGAAGGCGGCCAAGACGGCGAGCAGCCACACACCGGCCACGGCCAAGCAGGAACCCACUGUUGCGUCCGCGUCUCCGUCCCUGGAGCUGGACGCCAAGGCGGCUGGUACGCCCGGACGCAAGGGUCUGCCGAUGCCACAGGCGGUGGCGCGUCGCAAUGCACGGGAACGGAACCGCGUCAAGCAGGUCAACAAUGGUUUCGCUUUGCUCCGGGAGCGCAUACCCGAGGAGGUAUCCGAGGCUUUUGAGGCCCAGGGUGCUGGACGGGGGGCCAGCAAGAAGCUGUCCAAGGUGGAGACACUGCGCAUGGCCGUGGAGUACAUCCGGAGUCUGGAGAAGCUGCUGGGCUUCGAUUUCCCGCCCCUGGGCUGCCAUGCCAACAGCUCGAGCAGCGGAGACGACAGCUUCAUGUUCAUCAAGGAUGAGUUUGAUGGUCUGGACGAGCACUUUGAUGACUCCCUGAGCAACUACGAAAUGGACGAGGCUGCUGCAGGAGCAGGAGCCGCCAGCCAGCAGCAGCACGAGCAGACAGAGCACCCACCAGGUCAUCAGGACACCAACACGGACCUGCUACCCAGUCUAACGACACUGAAUGGGCUGCAGUACUUGCGGAUACCGGGGACCAACACCUACCAGCUGGUGACCCCGAAUAUGCUGGGCAGCAGCUCCAGCCUGGACGAGGAGCAUUUCGGUGCCUUAAUUGACACAAAUUGCCUGAGCAGCAAUGCCAGUCCCGAUCCCGAUCCCCCUGCUGCCAUGGCACUGCCUGCGAUUGCAGCUGCCCAAAGCGGUUCGACCUUAUCGCGAUCGCCCGUGCCACCAUCACCAGCAGCGGCAGCAACCGAGGCAGCGACAGGGGCAGCCACAAGCACAAGCAGUCCCUGCACAUCCCCAACACAGCGAGGCAGUUCAUCAAUGGCUCAACCACCGAGCUGCAUUGGGCCCGAGACAGUUCUGGUUUCACCUGUCGCCGUUGCUAAUGAACUCCUGUUGCAGGCGUGUGCCGCCCAGCUGCAGCAGCAACUGAUCAAACAGGAAUACGCCAACAGCAGGGCCAACACGAACACCAACACCAACACCAACAGCAAUGCCAAUGCCAAUGCCAAUGGAAGUUCUCCGACAACAUCCCUGAACUAUUCACAGGACCAGGCCCAAAUGCUGUGCUCCUCCCUCCUGCCCGCCUUCUACGAUCAGGAGCCCGUUAGCUUCUACGACAAUGUGGUGGUGGGGUUGCCCAGUUUCAAGAAGGAAUUCAACGAAAUGCUCCACCAGGAUCAAACGGGAGCCACGGCAGUGGGAUCAGUCGGAUCAGUCGGAGUCGGGGGCUGUCUCUCCGACGAGAGCAUGAUCGAUGCCAUCGACUGGUGGGAGGCGCAUACACCCAAAUCGGAGACGGGACCGGCAUCCAACUCCAACGACACAUCAGCAGUGCUCAUGUGAUCGAUAUAAGGAUCAGUAUAUACAUAUACAUAUACGUAUCUGUAUAGUUAUAGCGGAAUUUUGUACUUUUUUUUGUUUCUCCCGUGGAUCCUUGACUGAGUCAUUGUGUACAUAUAUAUCUAGUAGAAAGGGAGACGAGACGAGAUCCAGAGAGAACGAGUUGCCUGGCGCCUGGUAUACUUAGUCAUCUAGUGAUAUAAACCAAAACAACUAACCAAAUCUUCCCCAAUUAGCCUCCCCUCACAAGCCCUCCCCCGCACAAUAGUUAAACCUGAUUGUAGGAUAAAGAUAUAUCCUUCUUUAUUUGGGAUUCCUAGAGCUAAGAACUUCACUUUUUAUUAUUUUUUUUUGCCUGUUUAGUUCGGUAAGAAUAAUUUUUUUCAUAGACCUAAUUGAAUGCCUCUAAAUGUUGAAUGAUAAGUUGGGUUAUAUACAUACACAUAUGUACAUACAUAAAAUGCAAAUAUAUAU